GACCCGCGUGCUUGCUCUUCUCAUUGAGCUCACUGCUGAAGCGGAUUCCCUGCAACUGGCCAAGCUGAAGGUGCUUCGUCUGCUCCCCGCUGCUGGUUUGAUGACGCCAGAACGAGACCAUCGUCACCGCCGACAGGCAGGUGAAGCUCGCUGUGCCUGUGGUCGCGGCACUCCCACCAUAGAGCAUAUCAGCUGGAAGUGCUCCUGCCCAGCGCAUCAUCACAAGGAGGUGAAGACGGUUCAGGCAUCCUUGAUUUCUAUUUGGCAGCAUCACAUCUCCGAUUGGGGCGAUGAUCCAACGGACCAGGCCUUUGUCCAGCUGCCAUCGACUCCCCCUGCCGUGGGGCCGG